AUGCCCCACCCCGGCAUCGUCUACGACGUAGGCCUCAACUUCACCAACACCACCCCAAGAACCCUCUCCAUCCUCACCUUCAACCCCACCCACGUCGCCCACGACAUGCACACCAUCGCCGAAACUCUACACGCCACUGCCGUCCGCCUAGAAGGCGAGCCCCUCGACCGCCUCGCCACCGCUGCCCGCCUCGCCCACGCCGCAGGGCUAACCGUCUACAUCAACCCGUGGAAGAUGCACGCCGACGUCACCGAAACGGGCAGGUACCUCAGUGCCGCCGCCAAGGUCGCCGAGCAGCUCCGCGUGCACGACGGACUGACCGACCUCGUCUUCGUGGCGGGGUGCGAGUACAGUAUCUUCAGCCGCGGGGUGUUUCCGGGGGAGACGUUCGAGGAGCGGGCGGGAUGGUUUGGGGGGCAGUUGGCUGCUGCUGCUGCUGCUGCUGCUACAGCCGUUGGUCGGGGAGAUGAUGAUGCUAGUGCGACCAGCGAUACUACUACCAACAGUGGCCCCCCAAUCCCACCCCCUAUCCUCGCCAAAUCCCCGCUCCUGAACGCGGCGCUCCGCACCCUCGUGACCGAAAUCCGCACCCACUUCCACGGCCCCGUCACCUACGCCGCGGGCAUCUGGGAGGCCGUGGACUGGGACCUGUUUGAUCUCGUCGGGGUGGACUACUACCGGCGGGGCGAGACGGCCUCGGAAUAUCUCGCGGGGCUGGAGCAGCACCGCGUGAUUGACUCUAACCCUAACAGCAACAACAACAACAACAACAACAAGCAGAGACACAAACCCCUCGUGGUGAUGGAGGUCGGAUGCUGUGCGUACGAGGGCGCGGCCGUCCGCGGCGAUGGUGGCUUCGUCUUGCUCAAGGGCCGGAAUCCCGAUGGGAGUGGGGUGUUUGAGGGGGAUAUCGUCCCGACGCGGAGCGAGCGCGAGCAGGCCGAUUACCUCGAGUCGCAGUUGGGGCUGCUGGCCAGGGCCGAGGCGCAGGUGGACGCCGUCUUCGUCUAUGUGUUUGCGUUUCCCUGUAUGCCGGCCGGGGUCGGGGCGAGGGACUUCGAUAUGAUGUGUUUCUCGUUGGUGAAGUACCUUCCGGAGGUGGAGAAGGGGGACCAGGAGGAGAAUCGGGUCGGAAUGCCUCAAUGGGUGCCGAAGGAGGCCUUUUUUCGCGUUGCGGAAUGCUUCCGGGCGAUGCGCGAGAAGUCGCAGCUAGGAGGCUAA